AUAUUUGAUGGGGAAGUGACACGCGUACGAAGCUUACGUUGUUCUCACCACGAAGCCGGGUGGCUUUUGAAGUUUUUCUCUUGAAUUAAAACAUAUAGGCCUAGUCAGUAAUCAUGGUCUCUGUUAUAAAUACUGUUGAUACUGCACAUGAAGAUAUGAUUCAUGAUGCACAGAUGGAUUAUUAUGGGGUGCGUCUUGCCACCUGUUCCUCAGACAGAUCAGUCAAAAUAUUUGAUGUUGUCAAUGGUCAACAAACAUUAGUUGCAGAUUUGAGGGGUCAUGAAGGCCCAGUAUGGCAGGUUGCAUGGGCACAUCCAAUGUUUGGCAACAUCCUGGCAUCUUGUUCAUAUGAUAAAAAAGUAUUGAUUUGGAGAGAUUGUAAUGGCCAAUGGGAGAAAAUAUAUGAACAUGGGGAUCAUGACUCAUCAGUGAAUUCAGUACAGUGGGCUCCCAGGGAAUUUGGUCUAGUACUAGCCUGUGGGUCAUCUGAUGGUUCAGUGUCCAUUUUAAGCUACAGCGAAGGCCAGUGGUCAUCAGAAAAAAUCAAGGAAGCUCAUUCGAUUGGUUGCAAUGCCGUUAGUUGGGCACCAGCAGUAGUUCCAGGGUCAUUGAUUGAACCCCCAUCAACACAAAGACCAAACAUAGCUAAGAGAAUAGUGACAGGAGGAUGUGAUAACAUGGUCAAGAUUUGGAAAGAAGAUAAUGGUAAAUGGGCGGAGGAGCACAAACUAGAAGCCCACAGUGAUUGGGUUCGAGACGUUGCCUGGUGCCCGUCUAUAGGUCUUCCACAGAGCACCAUCGCUAGUUGUUCACAAGAUGGUCGUGUAAUAAUCUGGACCUGUGAUGGCAGUACAGGCAACACAUGGAACCCAAAGAUUUUGAAUAAAUUUAAUGAUGUCGUUUGGCAUGUUAGCUGGUCGGUGACUGGAAAUAUUUUAGCUGUGUCUGGUGGAGAUAAUAAGGUUAGUUUAUGGAAGGAGUCAUUAGAAGGGCAGUGGGAAUGUGUUAGUGACGUGAGUAAAGGAGAAGGAGUGAUCGAAGGACAACAACAAACACAAUAAAAACAGCUACACAACUCACACCAGCAAUCUGAGAACAAGCAAGUAAAUACCUCAUAAUGGUAGGAGAGUUGCUGAGGUCAGAAAGCUGAGACUAAGAAUUGUGGAAUAACCAAUUAUCUUGGUUACAACUUAUACCCCAUGCAGACUAGCAUUGCAUUACGAUCUGUUUGUAGCAAUUGCAACACCCAAUUGCAAAGUAAAAUCAUUUGUGAAAGCUCACCAAUUGCGAUUGGGUGGUACAAUCUUUAUUACUCCCAAUUACCACAGAAUCCGAUCGCAGCAAAUCACAACAAAUUUCACAGGCACUAUUUGGCUGAGGUCAGUCAACAUAGGCCUACCAUUGGAGGCCUAGGCCCUAGAAUGUAAAGUUUUUUUUUGUGUUGGUCUAAAUGCGUUCGUUGAUUGUGAUGGGGAGUAAUCAGUUUUGGAUUACCACCGAUUACAUCGCAACCGAGUGUAGUCUGAAUAUGGUAUUAGACCUUUGGUGGCAGUUGUUCACUCCUUAUUUUACAGUGGGUUUGACCUUUUCCUAUGAAUAUGUUUUAACUUUUGAGACUACACUGAAACUUGCUUUUCCCCCAAUAAGGUUUGAUCUUUACUACAGUAGGUUUAACCUCUAUUUUUACUAAGGAAUUAUCUAAUACAGUAUUUUACUUGGCUUUGGCCUUGCUUAUUGCCCAUCAACAUUAUAUGAUCUUGAAUAGACUUGGCUUUGCUCUUUUUCUAAGAAUAGUAUUUUUGUCUUUCUCAAGUCACUCAACUUAAGGCUUAUCUGGCCUUGGAAUUUACAUAAUGCCUAGGAUUUCAUCUUUAAAAAACUUAUUCUAUUUGUAUUUAUUCCAAUUGUUUAAGGAAAAUUAAUUUGACUUUCAACCUGAAAGGCCCAUUUGUAUGAUUAAUUUAAAAGAUUUAAAUAGUAAAGACUAAUAUUCAACGUAAGCGAAUAUAUUUAUAGUGAGAAAAAGAGGGAAGGAAUAUAGCAACCUUACAGAUUAACUUACCCAUCGAAUAGUUAUGUAAAAAUCAUUGAUAAUGUUAACACGUACAAUAGAUUGUACAAUCUGGGAAAUAAAUAAAAAGUAAAAGAAUUGCAUAACAUCAGAGAAGAUUCCUACCAAAUAAUAAUUUGAUUAUUGUAUGAUGGUUAUUGUAUGAUGGUUACCUGAGUUUCAUAAAAAGGACCAGUUUGUAAUACUGUAGUACCCUAAAUAUAUCGAUAUGUUUGAGUAUACCAGAAGUAACAGAGAGAGAUGUUUUUGUUCAUUAUGAGUGUAAUAUUGUCUUAUGCAUGCCAUAUUGUUAAGACUGAUUCCCAUUAUGUGUUUUGUAAUAAAUAUCAAUAGUGGUAGCUAUAGCGUGCCGCCAUGUUUUCAAAUCUCCCAAGAAUUCUGCUCUUAUUGUAAAUAAAAUGUUAUGGAUACCAUGGUA